AUGUUACGAUCUUGUGUAAGCAAGUCCCAACGCCGCAGCCUGGCCACCGUCGCGGCCGGCGCGGGCGCGGGCGUCCAAAAGUCCUCCAAGAAGGAGGGCGAUAUCUCGGACGCCUUCGUGUCCCUGUCCGGCGCCAAGCGUGAUCCGCUGCCCGACCGGUUCCGCGAGCUCAAGUGCGAGCUGGUCCGCGGCCGGGAGAAGCAGAUCACGGACAGCUGGAACCGCCUGCUGCGGGACCUUCGGAAGGAGAAUGAAAUCAUUGCGCAGAAGGGAUCGGACGUCGUCCCGCAAGUCGAGUUUGCGAAUCUGGAGAGCGGACUAAGGAGUCUCAAGGAUGAGAUCAAGAAGCGAGGUGCCGUGGUUGUACGGGGCGUGGUGCCCGAGGCCGAGGCCAGGGCUUACAAGGAAGAGGUGGAGGACUACGUGAAGAGGAAUCCAUGGACCAGAGCCUUCCCGGCCGAUAACCCCCAAGUGUACGAGCUCUACUGGUCGGCGCCGCAGCUCAAGGCCCGCUCGCACCCCAACUUCAUGCGCGUGCAGCGGCGACUCAUGGGCGACGGCCUCCUCUGGCACGCCUCGGACCCGACCAGCCCCAUCUCCCUGGCCGAGCCGCUGUCCUACGCGGACCGUCUACGCAUCCGGCAGCCCGGCGACGCCACCUUCGCGCUCGGCCCGCACAUCGACGGCGGCAGCGUGGAGCGGUGGGAGCCGACCGGCUACGGCCUCGGUGGCGCGUACGACGCCGUCUUCGCGGGCGCGUGGGAGGCGUACGACCCGUGGGACGCGAGCGGGCGCGUCGGCGCCGUCAACAACCUGUACGACGGGCUCGGCGCGUGCUCCAUGUUCCGCGCGUGGCAGGGGUGGCUGAGCAUGAGCGGCACGCGGCCGGGCGAGGGCACGCUGCUGGUGAACCCGCUGAUGCACCGCGCGACGGCGUACGUGCUGCUCCGGCCGUUCUUCGAGGCCAAGGAUACGGACAGGGAGGGGAGGGCGUACUUGGAGGGGGACAACUGGGCGCUGGUGGGCGAGGGGCGGAUGACGAGCGAGUUGCAGGGCGCGAGCCCGGGACACGGCCAGGAGCUGACGGAGGAGCUGCACCCGCACCUGGAGCUCGAGCGGACCAUGGUGCACGUCCCGGAGAUUAAACCGGGCGAUUUCGUCGCCUGGCACUGCGACACCAUCCACGCGGUCGACAAGCAGCACCGGGGCGCGUCCGACUCGAGCGUGCUGUACAUUCCCGUGUGCCCGCUGACGGCCAUCAACGCGCGGUACGUGGCGCGGCAGCGUGAGGCCUGGCGGCGCGGCACGCCGGGCCCGGACUUUCCCGGCGGCGAGGGCGAGGCGAGGCACGCGGGAAGGCCGGCCGAGGCGGCGCUGCGGGGGUGGGCCGGCACGGAGGCGCUCCGGUCGAUGGGGCUGGAGAAGCUGGUUCCGGCGCCGGGGGCGACGGCUGGUCAGAGGGAGGUUCUCGCGGACGCGAAUGCGAUUCUUGGAUUCUGA